AUGGCCCGACCCAGGUUUGAUGCCAACUUCUGGGAGGACGCUCUAACCUUUAGGCAACCAAAACGAGAGGCUUAUUGGAACUCGGAGUCGCCGCCAGUGAUAACGCGAAAGACGGAAAAUGUGGAAGCGGAGGAAGGCAGCCGGGUGGACAUGACGUGUGUGGCCUCUGGUAAGCCUGCUCCGGAGAUUAAGUGGUGGAAAUACGAGGCACUCAAGGAUUUCCAGCUCUUACUGCCAAACCAGCAUUUCAUCCAAACAAAAAUGGAGAUGAAUGAUGAAGUAAUUGGCACGCUGAGUGUAACAGAAGUCAAUCCAGCUGAUUCGGGCCAGUACGUGUGCACUGCCAUCAACCAACACGGAAGUGUGCGGGGAAAUGUCUUCCUGCAGGUGAAUACUCAAGUUACACAAACAAUCCCAAACCCUCGGAUAGUAAUUCACCCACAGGAUACAGUGGCAGAGAGUGAUGAAUCAGCAAGCUUAGACUGCCUAUCACGUGGAGAGCCCAGGCCUACAAUUAGUUGGUAUAAAGACGGCCACCUGGUGGUGACCGCGGUUCAGAACCCAGCUGCUCAACGGCUGCUGCUCAGAGAUGGCAGCCUCUUCUUCCUGCGAGUGAAAGGAGGUCCUUCCUCAGACGAGGGGGUCUACUACUGCCGGGCCUCCAAUGAAGACGGCUCCGUGGUCAGUCGGAACGCCACUCUGCUGAUUAAAGUAAGUCACGACAGUGUCUCGGUAAUUCCCCGGAUCAUUACUGUCAAGCUUAUGGUCGCUGCUAAUGGUAGUGUGUUCCUGUACUGCUUGGCCUCGGGGAGCCCGGCCCCGGACAUGACGUGGUGGGAAGUGGAGGAGAGAGCGGGGGCCACGGAGUACCAUCAGCUACAGCUACAGGUAUGGAGCACAGCAUUCGACAUCACUUAUGUGGAUAUCUGUGUACCUCACUUCGGAGAGUUUGUCAGUUACUUCUCAGAGAUCGACGAACGAGACCUGACUGGAGGAAGAAUGACUAUCGGUGACAGGAAGGAUGGGGAAUACUCCACCCUUGUCCUGCGGAUAGACCAAGCCUCACCCCAAGAUGCCGGAAAUUACCGAUGUAUCGCCAGUAACACGUUUGGGAAGAGCAUAAAGGACCUCCAGCUAGAAGAUCCGCUGGGAGCACCUGCACAGGGGUUAGGUCCCAGCCCGGAGACUCCGGUAACUGAUGUAACUACCCCACCGCCCAGGGAGAACGAUCUGGGAAUAUCAGCGGUACCUGGCCGGGCCUCGGAGAUCACACGUGUUGUUCAGAUUGACCUUGACACCGGCGAGGUGCGCCUGGUGUGUGAGGCCACAGGUUUCCCCACCCCGAAAAUUAGCUGGUGGAAGCAGGAAGCCUCCCCAGGGGCCCCAUUGUACCAUCUCAUGUCCACUCAAGAUCAUGAGAUAUACAUUCAGCAUAUAGACGGCACCUCUCGACUUACCUUAACUUUGGCUGCUUUGACCACUGAGGAUCUGGGGACAUACCAAUGCACGGCUGACAACUACCUUGGGCAGUCCAAGAAGACACUACAAGUGACAGGUAACUUUAAGGACCAAUCUGCCGACGAUAACAGUGAAGAACGGACGCUAGUCUCCCCUGUCCCACUGCUUACCACUACAGAGACGACAACCCAGAUGUACUUUUUUGACGUCCGAAACACAAACUGUCGCCGACAUGGUCAAAAUAUACAAGUGAAACCAUCGACCGAGUUAGCAGCAAAGUUGGGCGACGGACUGGUAUUAACGUGUGAUUACUCUGGGUAUGACCCAGUUUUCAUCCAGUCCCUCACCUGGUACACCCCAGAAGGACAGCCCUUUAAGGAUGCCAACACUAGCUCAAGGGUUUCGGUGAUGUCUGAAGGCGAGUAUAGAGUAUUGUUGUUCAUAAAGGCUGUCCGUCAACAGGAUGCUGGGCUUUGGACGUGCCACGCAGUUCUGGACGGUCAGAUGAGAUGUGGUACGGUUAGUCUGACUGUAUGGAAGGACAUCACCUUCGUAAGUUUGCCGCUGUCAGUGAAUGGUGUAUCAGGACAGGAUGUCGUCCCUCAUGUGCUCCGUUGGACGGUGCGCCUCUACCGGAUCUGUCGUGGUCUCGCAAUGGGAGACCAACUUCCUCGAGAUGUCCGUUAUAUUUAUACACAUCAUGGUUUACUUAUUCACGAUCUGGAGAAAGGGGACGCUGGGAAGUAUCUGUGUGAAGCUAAAGUGUCGAUCACGGGUCGGUAUGACGCCAGAGAAAUCUCUCUCUAUGUCGACGGUAAAUAA